AUGUUCCGUUUCCCUGUUUCGCCGGCCCCGCCGCUGGCCGCCGCAUCAGCCGCGCUGCGUUCCGAGAAUGUGCUCUGGCCACCAUGCCCGGCGCAUGCUGUACCGCAGCAGACAGCGAGCUCAGGGGUGCCAGCUGUGACGGAAACAUUUGGGGCCACGGCUGUCCUUGCCUCGGCUGUGGCCUCGUCGGUGGCCUUUAGAAGGUAUUCUCGAGGUUUGCGAAGACGGCGGGGUCUUUGGCAACUUCCGUGUCGGGCUUGGCGGAGCUGGGCAGAGGAGCUGGCCAUCGAAGCACCUAAGGUGGAGCUCGCCACUUUGAAAGAUGCCUUUGGCAAGGACUUGCGCGGGAUGAUUGCCACAUCCAGCAUCGAUCUGGACGAGGCUAUCAUCACGGUUCCAGCAAAGCGGGCACUUCAGGUCACCACAGGCGGGAUCUGUCCCGCCGGUGAAGAUUUUGCAAAGAGCGAGGACUGGCAACAGCUGCCUUGGUGGGCACAACUUGCGAUCUUGGUCUUGCGAGAGGCGAAGUCAGGCGAUGCAUCCUUUCUCAAGGAAUGGGUAGACAGCUUGCCUCGAGAAUUCCCAGAAAUUCCCAUGAACUGGACGGAGGAAGAUCUGGAGCUGCUAGAGUAUCCACCAAUCCUUCGACAGAUCGAGAAACAACGCCGCGAGCUUCAAGAAGCCUUUGGUGCAGCGCAAAAGUGCCGCCUGCACUUCACCGAGGCUGAGUUCACCUGGGCGGUCCAAGUCGUCCGCAGCCGUGCCUUCAGUGGACCGUACGAGGGUCGCAACGCCCAGGACCGAUUGGCACAGCUGGCAUUCACCGCUGCCUUGGCCGGUGCGGGCGUCGCCUCCGGCGCGCUGUCGUUGGAGGCAAGCCUAAAUGGCGCCUUGGCGGCUGCGCUGGCCAUUCCCUUACAGGACUUCCUCGUUGGACAGACGUCCAAGCUGAAGAGGCACGUGGUGUGUCCGGUCGUGGAUUACCUCAACCAUGACAGCGAUGCCAUCUCCGACAUUGCUUAUGAAUAUUUCGGCAAUGCAUUCGUCGUGAGGGUGAAUGGUACCUUCCAGGACGGUGAAGAAGUCUGCAUCAACUAUGGCGAGAAGCGGAGCAACGACACCCUGCUUCAGUUCUAUGGCUUUGUUGAAAGGGACAACGCAAACGAUGCUUACACCGUGGACCUGCUGCGACACCUCGACGAGGAGGCUGCGGCGAAAGGGCAAGCACUGGAGGUGAGGCUGUCGCGCACCGGGCCGGACGACGAGUCCUUCGAAAGGCUGCUGGCGCUACUUGCUGGCGGGGGAACCCCUGGCGCAAGCGAAGAAACCAUGGCUUGGAAGGCUGUUUCCAUCGCCUGUGAAGCAGAGCUCCAGCGGCGUAGUGCCGGAGAAGCUCGGGAGCUGGAAAGCGCAGGCACAGGCGUUCGCGCGCUGGCAGCGAGAUUUGCUGCUGAAAAGGAGAAGGUCUUACUAGCUUGCCGUGCACAUGCCGAAUCAAGGUGUCGACCAGCCACGGCUGCGCCGUUGUCACUCCUGAGUCGAGCGACGCUGCUGCCCAGUUUCCAGGACGCGCAGUCUUGGAAGCACGAGUGGGCCUCCAACGUCUUCGAAGCAGCUGAUCUGGCAGCUUUGCACCGCGAAGGCUUUGUGAUUCUUCCCGGGGCGUUUGACAAAAGCCUUGCCUUCGAUGCCAAGGAGGAGUGUGAAGCCCUGGACGGUUCGGCUACCACCGUGACGACAAACCGCUGCAACCGUGGGUCCAGGUCUGCGUGGCUGGACUUCGGUGAACCUGCAGGUCUGGCACAGCUGGAAGAGCGCCUGCCAGCGCUCAGCCGUCUCGGGCGAAUGCUGGCAGGGCUUCCGGCUCAUGUGCACGGACUCGGGGGCUUCGGUGAGGAACUCAAAGUCCAUCCUGCAGCGAUGAUCGCCGUUUACCCGGAACAAGCGGCUGCAUACGCCUUGCACAAGGAUUCGUACGCGCCAUCCGACAACGACCCGGCCACGGGCGCCACCAGACGGCUGACUGUGCUUGCGUACUUGAAUGACUGGCACGAUGGGUAUGGUGGCGAGCUGCGCAUCCACUCCGGUGGCGAGCGGCCCGACCCAAGGCGCUAUCGGAAUGUGCAGCCCAAGGCUGGCACCGUGGUGGUUUUUGACAGCCGCAGGAUUUGGCACGCCGUGGCCCCUUCGCUUCACGGUAACCGCUGGGCCAUGAUAUCCUCGAUGAAAGAGCAGCAAGUCUCAUUGCUUCAGUUAAUGCAGUGCCUGGUCGAUCGGCUCCCCAAAGAAUGGGUGUUGCAAUGUGUUGCCGAGGAAGUGCCGCAAAGGGAGUCUCCAUCUUGCGAUUGCGACCAGGUUGCGAGGUACGCCUUGCGACAGCCAGGAGGUAUCCUUGUUGCCUUCGCAAAGGCCCGACAGCUCAUCCGCGUCUGGAUUCCUGUGGUGGCACGGCUUGGCAUUCUUUGCAACAGCUUCUUCGACAGGAUUUUUGGCUGGGCACGGGUUGCACGCGAUGGCGUCACGCACACAAACCAGUUGAGGUCUUUAUCUCCUGCAGAUCGGGUCAGUGUCGUCAAUCGCGACUCCUUCAGCGAUGCGUUGACGCAGAUCCUGAGCGAGCUUGAAGAGACGCUUUUGCACGCGCAUGAGCUCAGCACGGGCUCUGGUCGCAGGCGAUCAAGGGUCGAAGGCAUGGACCAGUCCAGCGAGUCCGCCCUGAAAGAGGCGCAAGAGCACACGGCUGACCCGAUCCGCACUCGUCCAGUGGCAGCCACUUGGCAGGGAGGAAGGACGGAGAGAACUUUACAGCAGCUCCAAGGUCUGUCGAAAAUCUACCAGCUCAGCUGUAUCCUCGGGGCAUUCUCUUUUGCUGCAACCGAAACUACGGUGGCAAAGGGAGAUCAGCUCGCCGCACAAGGCGUUCUUGCUCCACUGCUGACCAGGCAAAGCUUUGCCAACCCGAAGCUGUCAGCGGUAGACCCAAGGAGCCUUCACAACACUAUUGCCGAGAAGCGCGUCUCGGAGGAGUCUGAAAUGAAGGCAAGGCAGAUGUCCGGAAACAAAGACGAGGGCAUCCUCCGUCUUACGAUGGCAGCGUGGAAAGAGUUCACAUUCCAUGUUGAUAAUGACGAAGACGAUGUUUCUGAGCACGAGCUUGAGGUGCUCAAGGAGUUCGCCCACCGGGAGUGGCCGAGCGAUCCAGAAGCAUAUGCCUCCUUGACCCGCAUGCUGACGGCGGACUUGAAUACCAGCAAGGGGGAGGAUGAGAGGCGAAACUCCUUCACAGAAAGCUUCUGGAGGAGACACCUUGUCACUCGGCCACACUCGCGAAAACGGAUGCUUUGGGACCUCUUGGGUCUCGUUCUGGUUAUAUGGGACAUAUUUGCGAUUCCCAUGAACGCAUUCGAGUUGACAGAUAUUGCCGUCCUGACAGUCGUGAACUGGACGAGCACCGUGUUCUGGACCAUUGACCUUCCGACAAACUUCUUCAACAGUUUCUAUCGAGCAGGCCAUGUGGUCCUCGAUCCAUGGGAGAUUGCAGUACAGUACCUCAGGACAUGGUUUACAAUCGAUAUAACUGUUCUGGCAUUGGAUUGGUGUUUCCUAGCUCUGGAUGCUGCAUUCGUCAACGACAACGACGACGAUGGAGUUCUGCCGGCAUGGUUGUGGCAAUAUUGUACGUCGCGUGGACUGAAGAUCCUCAGGAUCUUGCGCUUGGUGCGUCUGGCCAAGCUGUUUCCCAAGUUCCACACCGCCUUUGUGGCGGUGCAAUCGGAUGCGGUGCGUCUCUCAUUGGGGGCGUGGUUUGCCGUCGUCAUCGUUGUCGUCAUGAACCACUAUGUUGCAUGUGGCUGGUUUGCAUUGGGCUACUGGGACACCAUGGCUCCCAUCACAUGGGUUGCAGCCCACGACCUAAAUGGAGACAUGAGUCCCUUCAAGGGCCAGCUUGGGUACCAGUAUUUUACGUCGCUCCAUUGGGCGUUGUGUCAGUUCACUCCGGCUUCGAUCGAGGUGAAUGCUGUUAACACCUCGGAGCGUAUCUACACCGUUUGCACGAUCAUUUGUGGCUUGAUCUCGUUCUCCUCCUUCGUCUCCAACAUCACGUCCUCGAUGACGCAGCUCCGAAAUCUCAACAGCGAGAAGCAGAAACAGCAGGCGUCUCUUCGCCAGUACUUCUCCCAAAAUGAGGUGCCCCCGGAAGUGAGCAAGUGCAUCUAUGACUGGAUUAGCAGCCAUCGAAAGAAUCAUCGAGUGCGCGUUCAUGAAGAGGAUGUCGAACCUCUGGCCGAAGUGCCGGAGCGCUUGAAGUUCAAGUUGCGCGAGGCAGUCUACCGCCCUGUUGUCUGCCGUCAUCCGUUCUUCCUCGAGUUCCGCGAGGCCGAUGGGCGGACGUUAGACAGGCUCUGUCACCAAGCGGUGUCGGAGAUCAGGGUCAGCACGGAGCACACCAUCUUCAUCAAGGGAGAGCAGGCAGCAGGCAUGUACUUUGUGACCGGCGGAGAACUCGAGUAUUGGAGAUCGGCGUUGAUGGACCCGGUACCCAUUCAGACAAGCGACUGGCUCAGUGAAGUGGCACUGUGGGUGUCGUGGAGGCACUGUGGCACAUUGGCGGCAAAGUGCCAGAGUGAUUUGAUGCUCGUGGACACCGACAUGUUCAGAUCCGCCAUCGCCACUUGCAGCAAGGUGGGCCGACGCCUGGUCCGAGGCUAUGCGGCAGCCUUUGUGCGCCACGAGUGUGAGGCCCAGCCCGCUGGAGCCUGGCUUGGGGACCUUUGCUGUAGCCAUGAGGCCAUCGCUGCAUUGCUGGAGACAACAAUGCACAAGAGCCAGCCGCUGGAGGAGCACUUCAAGAGUGUCACAGAUCGAGAAAAGCAUGUGUUAGCCAGUGGUUCACCGCAGGCAAUGGUCAUCGAGCUAUUCAUAGGCAUCCCGGCAAAUGGCAGAACGUUACGGCCAUGCUUCGCCAAGUGGCGUAAAUGGGACGUGAAUCUGUCGACGGUUCAAAUCUGGGUAGCGGUCGGUGCACUUCGAACGGCCUCCGCUGCCUAUCGCCAUCAUGCGCAGGAAACUCAGUCCAUGUCCAGGCUUGGACUGCUCAGCCUCGGCUAUCUUGGACUUAGGCACGCUGGCGGCGAGCGCUUGUUUCUCUCUGCCUCCCAGAAGACAGGCUCUCUGCGGGCCCCGCCGACGCAUGGAGUUCGCGCUGAGGACAUCAAGGUUGUGCGCUCCUCGUCAGUGAACUAUUUGGCGCUCUGUGCCACGGCUUUGAGUGCCGCCGUGCUGGUUCGACGCAGUCCCCCAAAGUCGCGGCCGCGCGUUCGGAUCCAGGCCUGCCAAAACUGUGCCACACCAUCCAUGCAGGCCGGCACGACUCUUCCAAUCUCAAUCGACUCCAUGGAUUUCUUGGGAAGCUCGGAGGCUUCGCCCGAAAACGGCGAGGCAGUCACGGAGGUGCCACCAGUCAUCCUGCCUGCCGACGUAGGGUCUUUUGCCAAAGGAGCUGUGGUCCCCGUCGCCCAAGCUCAGGAGAAACACCGUGCUGGUUACCAUGACGGUCAACGAGCAAAAGAUCGAAACUACCGUCGACAGGUGGGCUCGCGGCUUCUCCCGCCGCUUGGCGCCGUACCCCUGGCCCUGUCCUUCGAGCCGAGUCGGGUGCGCCUGAAGCUCCAGCGAGCAGUUCAGCACCGAUUUGCCACCUCUGCGACUGGAAGGGAGGGAAAGGCACGGUCGCGAUCCGAAGGUCGCUGCAACGAAGGUGGCUUGCAAACUUUCACUAUCAAUAGCAUGGCAAGAUCAUACCUACAUCAAAAAAGCGCUGAGACAUGGAAUUGA